AUGGAAGGUCUCGAACGCGGGGGAGACGAGUCUAUGGAAGAUGUCUUUCUCCAAGAUGACCUUACCACAACGAUCGCAGAGCAUGCGACACAGUGCCAGUCUCUUUUCAACAAGUACAUGGUCAUGCCGGAGAUCGUGCCAGACCCUUCUCUCAUGGACGACCAGCUCGCACGCUUUUCGUUGUGGGCAUCAAACAUGGAUGUUUACGGGCCGCCCAAUGUCUCGCUGGACUACAGGCUCCGAUUCAGUCCCAUAGCCUCCGACAUCAUACAUCAGCUCCUGGAUAUUAUUUACGAUACAUUGCUGUCUUUGAAGCAAAUCGACGGCCGACCACCACAAAUUUCGAGCAGGAAGAGACAACGCAUUGCAGUACAUGGCAAUUCGGGAGUCAGGAGGAGAGACGACGAUGACACAAGCGAUUCAGAGAGCGAUGUUGAUCCAGCAGAAGAGAAUAUUUCAAAGAUCACCGAGACAAUCGGCGGAACAUUGACGCGGCUCUUCCGUCUAUCCAACGCCGUUCGAAAGUCCGCUAAAGCCAACCGGGCUCGCAAAAUCGAGAGGUACACAGACGACGAGGAGGCAAACACGGCCAUAGACGACUUGCGUCUCUAUACAAAAUGCUAUAUUGAUUUCCGAUUCCCGGAGGCGCCAGAGGCGCUUCGCUCAGCUUUGGUCGAAGCCAACGCGAUGCGACUUCGACGGCUGUAUUAUCAGCGCUCGCAUCGAAGGCGCAUUGAUCUGAGUAUUCAGAUCCCGGAAACGACUCCGGCCGUUGUUCAACUCCCCAAAUUGACGGGGAGUAUACCGGCUGUACGGUUUGCACCGAGCACGCUGCCAAAGCCUACGAGGACCAACGAAAUGCAAAUCCCGGCCCCUUCGCCAGCGCCAGCAACGAAUGCGACUACUGCUCGACAAACUGCCGUUGCGGCCUUCUACGCUAAAUCAACAACAGAUGUUCCGAGGGCUAAAUCUGUUCUCGUGAACAACAAUUUGUCGUUCCCUCCCAUACCGUCGACGCAGCAGUGUCCAUACUGUGGCGUCAUUCUUGAGUUCAAAAAUACUACACGGUCACUGCUGUGGCAAAAUCAUGUCAUUGGAGACCUGGAGCCUUAUAUUUGCGUUUUUUCGCACUGCCUCGAAGGAGGUCACCACGGGCACGCGACCGGUCCGCUCACUUUUGAAACGUCGAAAGCCUGGUCCAGCCACAUGCAGACUGCUCACGGGCAUACAUGGGAGUGCAGGGCCCCUUCUCACAAGCCAAUCGUCUUUGAGCAACAGAUCCAGUACCAGGAGCAUUCCAUCAAGGAGCACGGUGUGCCAGAAGCGCACGCCGGGACCCUCAGCAACGCUGCACGGAGGCCAGUCCUUGAUAAGGUGCUGGAGUGUCCAUUUGGCGAUGAUUUUCAACCAUCGGGAAAAGUCGAAUCCAGCGCUGUCUUCUUGAGUGAAGCUCUCCAGUUACACGUCGCCGGUCAUAUGAAGGAAAUCGCUCUGCUUACACUGCAAAAGAUUCCCAGCGAUGAUGACGAGAACGCAGGAGUGUCGAUAGCGACCAAUCGUUAG